GGUCAGAGUGUGUAACUGAGGCCCCUGCUCACCAACUGCAGACUCCAGCGUAUCCACGCCCAGGCUUCCUCACUUAGUCUGAGAAGACCCAUUCUGAGGCCCCAGGAAGAGAUUUCUGUCCUUUGUACAGAGAAGAACAGGAUGGCUAUGUCCCAGGAAUCAUUGACCUUCAAGGACGUGUUUGUGGACUUCACCCUGGAGGAGUGGCAGCAACUGGACUGUGCUCAGAAGAACCUCUACAGGGAUGUCAUGCUUGAGAACUACAGCCACCUGGUGUCUGUGGGGUAUCUAGUCGCCAAACCAGAUGUGAUCUUCGGGUUGGGACCAGGAGAAGAGUCCUGGAUGGCAGACAGAGGGACCCCAGUGCGGAGCUGUCCAGUCUGGCAAGUUGAUGAGCAGAUAGAUCACUACAAGGAAAGCCAAGACAAACCUCUGUGGCAAGCCGCAUUCAUAGACAAGGAAACAGUGAAAGAUGAAAGUGGUCAAGAAUGUAGGACAUGUAGAAAAAUCAUUUAUCUGAGCACAGACUUUGUUUCUAUAAGACAAAGACUCCCUAAAUAUUACUCAUGGGGAAGGUGUUCAAACCAUAAUUUAAACUUUCUUAGUCAAAAUAGAAACUAUGUAAGAAAGAAAGAGGAUGGAUAUAAGGCAUAUUGGAAAUUAUGCCUCCAUUCUAAUCUUGAUAAAGCUCAGCCUGCAGAGAAAAUUUUUGACCCUAAGCAACGAGCAAAAGCCCUCCACCAUAAGCGAGCCCUUGAUAAAAGUCAGAGAAUUCAGAGUGGGGAGAAACUCUAUGAAUGUACUGAAUGUGGAAAAGUGUUUAUCCAGAAAGCAAACCUUAUUGUACAUCAGAGAACUCACACUGGAGAGAAGCCUUAUGAAUGCUGUGAAUGUGCAAAAGCCUUCAGCCAGAAGUCAACCCUCAUAGCACACCAGAGAACUCAUACGGGGGAGAAGCCCUAUGAGUGCAGUGAAUGUGGGAAAACCUUUAUUCAGAAGUCAACUCUGAUUAAGCAUCAGCGAACACAUACGGGAGAGAAACCAUUUGCAUGUGGCAAAUGCGCAAAAGCUUUUAAGAGUUCAUAUCACCUUAUUAGACAUGAGAAAACACACAACAGACAAGCAUUUUAUAAAGGUAUUAAAUGUGCUAAGUUCAACUUUAUAUAUCGAAAUACUGAUAUGGGUGAGAAACCUGGGCGCAGUAAACGUGGGAAAGCCUUUGAAGAGAAGCCUACCACCCCCAUUAAACAUCAGAAAACUCAUACAAAAGAGAAAGGUUAUGAGUGUAGUAAAUGUGGGAAAAGAUUUAGGGGAAAGUCACACCUCUCUGUUCAUCAGAGGAUUCAUACAGGAGAGAAACCUUAUAAAUGCAGCAUAUGUGGGAAGACUUUCAGUGGAAAAUCACACCUCUCUGUCCAUCAUAGAACUCAUACAGGAGAGAAGCCCUAUGAAUGCAGAAGAUGUGGGAAAGCCUUUGGUGAGAAGUCAACCCUUAUUGUACAUCAGAGAACACAUACAGGAGAGAAACCCUAUAAAUGCAAUGAAUGUGGGAAAGCCUUCAGUGAAAAGUCACCGCUGAUUAAACAUCAGAGAAUUCAUACAGGUGAGAGACCCUAUAAAUGCAGUGACUGCGGAAAAGCCUUCAGUAGGAAGUCAACUCUCAUUAAACAUCAUAGAAUUCAUACAGGAGAAAAACCCUACAAAUGUAGUGAAUGCGGGAAAGCCUUCAGUGUGAAAUCAACUCUCAUUGUACAUCACAGAAUUCAUACAGGAGAGAAACCUUAUGAAUGCAGAGACUGUGGGAAAGCCUUCAGUGGGAAGUCAACUCUCAUUAAACAUCAGAGAAGUCAUACAGAAAAUAAAACCUAUAAGUAUACUUGAGACUGGGAUAAUUUUACAAGUAGUUAUACCUCAUUAUAUAUCAAAUAAUUCAUCCUGAGGAGUAACCUUCAAAUAUCCGGAAUGUCAACUCUUCAUAUAUUGUUACUGUUCAUUUUACUUAAUAUAAAGCACAAAAGUAUAACUUCAGAGGCGUGCAAUAAAUGUGAUCAAUUUUUCACCCAGACUUCUUUACUAUGGAGAAAGAACUAUAUAUCAAAGAAUUAAAAAUGGCCAACACUGAGUGUACUGACAUGGAAAAGCCUUUAGAAAGAAUUUAAGUGUCAUUGCCUAUCAGUAUUUAUGCUGGAGAAAAACUAAGAAUUUAGUGAGCUUAGAAAACCAUGUUAG